AGGCCCCGCCCCCGCAGCGCUCAGUCGUCGGCUCGGCUGCCAGCGCGCUGUGCCCGGCAUCCGUGGAGCAGGUGUGGAGCGCGGCGUCUCCCCAGCUCGCGACCCCCUGACCCCCUGGCACCGCGCCCCCGGCCCACGACCCCCCACCAUGACGACCCUGCUGGAGAUCAAGAGCAGUGUGCUCAGGCAGGUGCAGGUGCGCCCAUCCUUCCGCCGGAGGACCGAGGGGGAGCCGGGGAGCACUGGCGCUGACCCACAAGAGCCUACCGCUGCAGGGGCUUGGAAACCUGGGGAUGGUGUGGAGUUCUUCGCACAUAUGCGUCUCAUUCUGAAGAAGGGCGAAGGCAGACAGGGCCUUCCCUGCCCCGAGGUCCUCUUACGCAGUGGUUCACCAGCCCCUGCCGAGCCCGUGGACCCCAGCCGUGGCCUGAGAGCCCUAACCCAGGAGGAGGUGGAGAUGCUCUAUGAGGAAGCCCUGUACACAGUCCUUUACCGGGCGGGGACCAUGGGUCCUGACCAGGUGGACGACCAGGAGACCCUCCUGGGCUACUUGCAGCAGGUGUUUGGUACAAGCUCCGACGAGCAUGCCAAGGCCAUUGAACGCGUGAAGAAGGCCAAGGCCCCCACAUAUGCCCUGAAAGUCUCUGUCAUGCGUGCCAAGAACUUGCUGGCCAAAGACCCCAAUGGCUUCAGCGACCCCUACUGCAUGCUGGGCAUCCUGCCGGCCUCAGGCGCCCCACGGGAGCAAGGCCCGCACAAGGAGCAGCGUUUUAGCUUCCGCAAAGGCAGCAAGCGUGGAGGCCCACUGCCGGCCAAGUGUAUCCAGGUCACCGAGGUCAAGAGCAGCACCCUGAACCCCGUCUGGAAGGAAAACUUCUUCUUUGAGAUCGAGGACGUCAGCACAGACCAGCUGCACCUGGACAUCUGGGACCAUGACGAUGAUGUGUCUCUGGUGGAGGCAUGCAGGAAGCUGAACGAAGUCAUCGGCCUGAAGGGCAUGAGCAGGUAUUUCAAACAGAUUGUCAAGUCGGCCCGUGCGAAUGGGACAGCAGGGCCCACAGAGGACCACACGGAUGACUUCUUGGGGUGUCUCAACAUCCCCAUCCGGGAGGUGCCUGUGGCUGGUGAAGACCGCUGGUUCAAGCUGGAACCGCGCUCCAGCGCCUCCCGAGUGCAGGGGGACUGCCAGCUGGUCCUAAAGCUGAUCACCACACAGAGGGACACGGGCAUGAGCCAGCGUGGGCGGUCGGGCUUCCUGUCCUACAUGCUGCUGCUGAGCCGUCUGCUGCAGUUCGAGCAUCGGUCCCAGGAGCCGGACUCAAGCAGCUGGCGCGGGGAGCUCAGCGGGCCCGCGGCCACUGUGCUGUGUCUGCACGGCGCCCAGAGCAACCUGUCUUCGCUGCAGCUGGCGGUGCUGCACUGGCAGGUCAGCAGCCGCCACCAUCAGACCUGCACCCUGGACUAUGGCUACCUGCUGGGGCUCCUGGAGGACCUGCAGGCACACUGGGAGGAGGCGUCAUCCCUGCCCCAGGAUCAGGAGGAGAGCCUGGCUGACAGCUUCUCUGCCUUCUCCGAGUUCGGGCUGCGGCUGCUGCGCCAGUUGCGAGACUAUUUCCCAGCUACCAACAGCACAGCUGUGUACCGCCUAGAGCUGCUGCUGAAGUGUCUCAGCAAGAUGCAGCUCUUCCAGCCGUCCUUCGAGAGCUGCCCCUUCGAGACGGAGCUGAACAUGGACAUCGCCGCGGCUCUGAAGAGAGGCAACCGUGAGUGGUACGACAGGCUCCUGAACAGCAAGAGUCCUCGGGAGCAGCCGGGGCCGCAGCGCCUCGCUGGGCUGGUGCACCUGGCAGACACUGUCUACGAGGAUCUGCAGUCCUGCUAUGGGGUCUAUGCCAGCCUGUUCCACAGCAUCGUCGAGAUCGACUUCUUCACCCUCACCUUCCGGCAGCUGGAACGUCUGGUGGCCGAGGAGGCGUGGGUGCUGACGGAGGAGCUGAGCCCCAAGUUGACCCUCGAGGUGGCCUCGGGGCUCUUCGAGCUGUACCUGACCCUGGCCGACAUCCAGGGCUUCUGGAGCAGCCUCCCCGGCCGUGACAGCCGCUCCCUUGCUCUGGCUGGCAUCCACGCCCCUUUCCUGCCCGCCGUGAAGCUCUGGCUGCAGGUGCUGCGGGACCAGACCAGGUGCAGACUGCAGGGAGCCGUGGACGUGGACACACUGGAGCCCACGGAUGCCUCCUCCAAGCACAGCAGCUCUGCGGCCACUGCCAGCCUCUGCUUCAGUCACAUCCAGGAGCUGUGGGCCCGCCUGGCGUGGCCAGACCCGGCCCAGGCCCAGGCGCUGGGCACCCAGCUGAGCCAGGACCUGUGCGAGGCCACCCUCUUCUACAUGGAGCUGUUGCGGAAGAAGGUGGACGCUCAGCCUGGGGCCACGGGCGAGGCAGUGAGCGAGCCACUCUGCGUGGUGCUCAACAACGUGGAGCUUCUCCGCAAGGCUGCUGGGCAGGCUCUGCGGGGUCUGGCGUGGCCGGAGGCGACCUUGGCGCUGGAAGGGGGGCUCCCGCGGCCCCUGCUCAGUUGCAUGCAGGCCCUGGACGAAGACCUGCAGCAGGAGGUCCAGACCGUGACCGCGCACCUGACUUCCAAGAUGGUGGCCGACAUCCGGAAGUACGUGCAGCACAUCAGCCUGUCGCCGGACUCCAUCCAGAACGACGAGGCUGUGGCCCCACUCAUGAAGUACCUGGACGAGAAGCUGGCCCUGCUGAACACGGUGCUGGUCAAGGAGAACCUGAGCAGGGUGCUGGAGGCCCUCUGGGAGCUGCUGCUACAGGCCAUCCUGCAGGCCCUCGGGGCCAACCUUGACGUCUCUGCGGACUUCUAUGGCCGCUUCCACUUCGCACUGGAGGCCCUGGUGAAUUUUUUCCACGCGGAGGGUCAGGGUCUGCCCCUGGAGAGCCUGAGGGACGGAAGCUACAAGAGGCUGGAGGAGGAGUUGCGUCUGCAUCAGUGCUCCACCCGCGAGUGCAUCGAGCAGUACUACCUGGACAAGCUCAAGCAGAGGUCCCUGGAGCAGAACCGGUUCGGGCGCCUGAGCGUCCGCUGCCACUACGAGGCGGCGGAGCAGAGACUGGUGGUGGAGGUCCUGCACGCCGCGGACCUGCCCCCGCUGGACGCCAAUGGCCUGAGCGACCCUUUCGUGAUUGUGGAGCUGGGCCCGCCGCACCUCUUCCCGCUGGUGCGCAGCCAGAGGACGCAAGUCAAGAGCCGGACGCUGCACCCCGUGUAUGACGAGCUCUUCUACUUCUCCGUGCCAGCAGAGGCGUGCCGCCGCCGCGGCGCCUGCGUGCUGUUCACGGUCAUGGACCACGACUGGCUGUCCACCAACGACUUCGCGGGGGAGGCGGCCCUCAGCCUGGGCACCAUUGGUGGCAUAGCACGGCCGCAGGUGGGAGGGAGCUCGAGGGCCAGGCAGCCUGUCACCCUGCACCUGCGCAGGCCCAGAGCCCAGGUGAAGUCAGCGCUCAGAAUGCUGGAGGGCCGCACCAACAAGGAGGCGCAGGAGUUUGUCAAGAAACUCAAGGAGCUGGAGAAGAGCAUGGAAGCAGACCCUUGAGCCCCUCCAUGGGUCCCCUCCUCGUCCUCAUCCAGCCCCGUCGUCAGCUUUGUGCAGCCGGGGCUCGCUCCCCCACCACACUGCAUAGUGUGCAUGCCCAGCUGACCCUCCCGCUCCUUCUUAACCUGGUCAUGUCCAUGUGGUGUGUCCUGUGAACCCCAUGAAUCCAUCCAGCACCCCCCAUGCCAGGUCUGGGGGGCUGACUUGGUGGGGCCUGGCCAGCAGCUAUGCCCCUGGACGCAGAAGAGAGCAGGCCUGGCCAUGAGGUGAGCUUCCCCGUCUGCCGGCUCGGCCCCCAUGGCCCCAGAGCAGGCAGGCACCGGUUUGAGAGCAGGGUUCUCAGUGGGGUGGCUUAGCUCCCCAGGAAACGUUAGGCCAUGUCUGGAGUCAUUUUUGGUGGUCGCAACUACAGGCUGGAGGAGAGGCUACUGGCACUAGUGGUGAGACCAGGGGUACCCCGAGCAAAGGUGGGCCGCUCUCAGAUGUUACCAGCACCAUAGCAGAAAGCACGUCUUAGAGGAAGCUCUGUCUUCUCUUCUGGGGCUGGGAGUGUGGCAGGGCCUUGUGGGCCAAGAGGCAGGACAGCUUGGGUUUUAGUCUGCACCAAGCAAGGUGGCAGGAAACCGCUCCCAGGGGCUCUGACAAAGGGGAGGG